AAAACCAGCAGACGUUUACGGAGCGAUGCUUUCGUGAGAGCCAUUAAAAUCAAGAUGUCAAACGUAACCAAUGUUCGUGCUCUCCCGCGCAGAGAACUUUUCUCUCCUAAACAUUGCGUGAUUGCCAGCUCUCAAAAAUGUGUGCAUCAUCGUAGAUUGUAUAUAGAGGAUGGAACCAAGUAAUAUUUCACAAAAUGGAUUAUAAGGGUGUACCAUUAUGUAAUUGAACAAUGGAGCUAGGCAUUCGCGUUAAAUUUUUUGCAGCGAAGUCUAAAGCAUAAAUUCAUAAGGGCAAUUUUGCAGUUUUAAACUGUGCAUGAUUAUACUGCUGCUCAAUAGAGGGCGCUUUGCUUGCAAGUAAAUGGAUGGUUAUAUCUAGGGAAUAUACAAAUCUACUUAUGAUCUAUAUGAUCUAAGGCAGUAAAGUAUGCAAAAAUACAAAAAUUCAUAACGAUAGCGAAACGACUUGCGUUACUGUACACAGUGCAUGAAUUUAUAUGGAGUACUUACAACAUUGUCAGACACAGGCAUGCAGAUAAGUUCAGAUUGUUGUAUAGUACAGUAUGGUCAAAUGUAUUUCGCGAGUGUUUGAGUGAGAACAUAACAACUUAUUCAACAAAUUCUGUUACUCAGAAAGUAAGUAUGGACGGAAAAGAUGUGCCACUCAUUAAAAUCGAACCAAAACAAGAAGAAGAAAUCCAUUCCUAUCUUCAAGGACACGUUUCAGUAAGCAACGAAGUUUUGGUGACCGUAAAGGACGAAAUUAAGAUUAGUACACAACGAGGUACACAGUGUUCUAAAUCUCUUUAUAAUGAAGAAGUACAGCAACACUCUGACUCUCAAUGUCAUCUUUUUACUCAGUGUAAAACAGUGUCUAAAGAUUUUAAAUGUGCUAGUUGUGAUUAUGAAACAAAUGCUAAACGCCACUUAACACAACAUCUUUUAAAACAUACAGUUUACAAGGACUUUAAAUGUACCGAUUGUGCUUAUGAGACGAAUUUAAAAGGCAGCUUCAAACGCCAUCUUUUAAUACAUAAAGUUUCUAAAGAUUUUAAAUGUGCUGAUUGUGAUUUCUGGACCAAUGAUAAAUGGACCUUCAAACGGCAUAUUUUAAGGCAUAAAGUUUCCAAGGAUUUUAAAUGUGCUGAUUGUGAUUAUGAAACAAAUCUUAAAGACAGCUUAAAAAAACAUCAUUUAAAACAUAAAGUUUCAAAGGAUUUUAAAUGUACCAAUUGUGAUUAUAUGACAAAUUUUAAAGGCAGCCUCAAACGACAUCUAUUAAUACAUAAAGUUUCCUCGAAAGUUUCUAAAGAUUUUAAAUGUGCCGAUUGUGAUUAUAAGACAAAUAUUAAACGCAACUACAUACGACAUCUUUUAAAACAUAAAGCUUCUAAGGAUUUCAGAUGUGCUAAUUGUGAUUAUGGGACAAAUAAUAAAGAUGCCAUCAAACAACAUCUUUUAAAACAUAAAAUUUCUAAAGAUUUUAAAUGUGCCGAUUGUGAUUAUAAGACAAAUAUUAAACGCAACUACAUACGACAUCUUUUAAAUCAUAACGCUUCUAAAGAUUUGAAAUGUGUUGAUAGUGAUUAUGAGACAAAUGUUGUAGGCAUCUUUUAAAACAAAGUUUCUAAGGAUUUCAAAUGUGCUGAUUGUGAUUAUGAGACAAAUAAACAAUAAAUUUGAUCUUAAACAACAUGUUUUAGCACAUAAAAGAGGAUAAAGUUUUUAGACAGCAUUUACCUCGACACACUUAUAGAAAAAUGGUCGAAUUGUUUUCAGCGCCUUUACUUUUCAUUGGCUAAUUAGGCCGUGGCUCCCAACCCGUACGCUAAAUGGUUAAAAGGGAUCCUGACUCAUACUGCUAAUCUAAUAUAUUAAAUACUCUCAAUUAAAAAUUGUUUCGAUUAUAAAUAUUGUAGUGCUCCUAACCCCCCAC